AUGCGUCCCCUCACCGAAGAGGAGACCAAGGCGGUCUUCGAGAAGCUCUCGAACUACGUCGGAAAGAACCUGGCGCACUUUAUCGACCGCGACGAUGACGACGAGUACUGCUUCCGCCUGCACAAGGACCGUGUGUACUACCUCCCGUUACCGAUGCUUCACCUCGCGACCUCUGUCGCCCGCCCGAACCUCGUCUCGCUCAGCACAUGUCUGGGCAAGUUCAGCAAGAGCGGCAAGUUCAAGCUUGGUGUGACGGCACUGGACUGGCUUGCCAAGUACGCCAAGUACAAGGUGUGGAUCAAGCCGGCCGGCGAGCUGCCGUUCCUCUACGGCAACCAUGUGCUCAAAGCGCACCUUGGUCGUAUCACCGAGGACACGCCGGAGCACCAGGGUGUCGUCGUGUUCUCGAUGAGCGACAUCCCGCUCGGAUUCGGUGCCACCGCCAAGAGCACGAUUCAGACCCGCGACCUCGAUCCCGCCGGAAUCGUGGUCUUCCACCAGGCUGACGUCGGAGAGUAUCUGCGUGACGAGGAGACGAUGUUCUAG